AUGCCGCCACAUGUCAGGGGUAAAGGAAAAGGUCCCAUGAGAGGGGGACCAUCCAGUCAUGCCGGACCCUCUCAUAGACGUACGCCUUCAGCUUCAUUCAGCUCCGAUUCACAUGAUGAUUGGAGACAUUCUCUCGAACCAGCGAGACGAUCCGUUUCGCUUAGCACCUUACCUUCCUACCAUCACUCCUUCGGGCUGCUACAACCAGACGAGCCCCAACAUUCACAUCACUCACAGCAUUCGCUGCACUCACACUCAUUUCACCACUCGUCCCAUCAUUCUGAUUCCCAUCGUUCUUACUCACAGGGCCACUUUAACCCUGAUGAUUAUAUCAACGCACCAACAGGAUAUAACCCGUUGGGCCCCGAAGGCCACUUCUUGCAAGAUAUGGAUAUGGAUGAUGAUCCGGAUCCACAAAUGCCACCUUCUGGGACGCCUACGCAUCCCAUUGAUAUUUCUAGCGGUUCUUCUUUUGCGGGAUCUCCCUACCGAGGUCCCGAUACUUAUAAAGAAUGGUUUGGGCAGUGGGAUUUUGUAAACACCCCUUCAUUCCACAACGCUCCACCACAACCUCCAUUAGAGGACCCGCACUUUCAAGCAGUUACACCACCACCUCUACCAGCGGAGGAACCACCUCUGCCACCUCCUGAACCACCAAGAUGGAGGAGAAACGCACACAUGUCCGUGAGAGGGGGACCAAGAAUUAGUUCUCCUCAGGCUUCUAGCAACUACCCUCCGAUUCCAGAAAAUCCACAAAUGGGUGAACCUUUACAUACUGUGCCGGAGAUCGAUACCACACCGGCCACCUUUGCACCACCGCCACCUCCAAUGGGUUAUGAAAACCCAAUACCUACCUACCCAGGUCCGACUGGGUAUAACCCGUUUAAGCCAUAA